CCAGCACCAGCACCGCCACCAUGCCCUCGUCUGAGUAUUCCACAGCCUCGGGUGGCGCACUCAAACUCAAGGGUGCUGGGGUCGACAAGAAGAAGAAGAAAAAGAAGCCCAAGUCGACGACCGACGCCGCCACAGCCGCCGACGGAGCCUCUACGAGUGUCGCCAAACGACCCAGAACAGACGACGACGGCGGCGGCGCACAGUCACACUCAGGUACCCCGGCGCGCUCACUAUCGCCCGAGACGGCCGAGCGAUCGAUACGAGAAGGCGGGGGCAGACAAAAGACGGAGGCGGAGCGACGAUACGAUGAAAUGCGACGCAAGAGACUGGAGGAAAGGCUGAGAAAGGAGGGCGUCAAGACACACAAGGAAAAGGUCGAGGAGCUCAACAAGUACCUCAGCGGCCUGAGCGAGCACCACGACAUGCCAAAGAUAGGACCUGGCUAAGGCACCAUGAAUGCGAGCCAAGUCGCAGUCAUGAGCGACGCUCCGACAGAAGACAGGCUGUACUGUGCGACUGUGGUCCCCAGUCGGCAGUACACACAGGCUGUACAGGGCAUGUCUACAAGGACGCCAAAAUACUACAAGAUGCGUACAGAUGCUGACGGGCUUGCAAAGGGCGUCGACGAGGAGCGCGCCAGGGUCAUCCAUGGGGGGUUAGAAUUUGGGCCGCACGCAAGCUAGGCAGACGGGAGGCGCCUGCGUGGAACAUUCCAUCAGUAACAGAAAUUCAAUCCAUGUCAUGCACCACCUCGACGGAAGGCUAGUCU